CUCUACUCUGCUGUUGUCCGUGAACUGUGCUAAUUUUACCUCCUCGGGGGUCGGCGAGGUCAACACACAGCGGUCACAAGGUGGGUGUGGCUGUACGUUUCUAUCCUGAGCAGGGAAAGGUUUCGGCCAUGUUGCGAGCACUGCGUCACCGAGGCCGUGGCACGCGGUGGUGUCUUGCGGUGCAGCGGAGGUACGAGCACCACAGGGCAGUGAUGGCCAUCCGCCGAGAGGACAUCAACCCCUGGGAGAGGAGAGCCCCGCUGGCCCCCCGACACGUCAAGGAGCUCACCCACGCAGGAGUCAAAGUUCUGGUGCAGCCCUCCAACCGCAGAGCUAUACAUGAGAAAUACUAUGCAAAGGCAGGAGCUAUUAUUCAAGAGGAUAUUUCCGAAGCCUCUCUCAUAGUCGGAGUGAAGAGGAUGCCAGAGGAUCUGGUGAUGCCCAAGAAGACUUACGCAUUUUUCUCCCACACCAUCAAAGCUCAGGAGCCCAACAUGGGGCUCCUAGAGGAUCUGUUAAAAAAGGAGGUUCGCCUGAUAGACUAUGAGAAGAUGGUAGACCCUAAUGGUUACCGAAUUGUGGCUUUCGGUCAGUGGGCUGGAGUUGCAGGAAUGAUCAAUAUUUUGCAUGGACUGGGACUGCGGUUUCUUGCUUUAGGUCACCACACUCCUUUUAUGCACAUCGGUAUGGCUCAUAACUACAGAAACGUGAGCCAGGCCAUCCAGGCAGUGAGAGACUGUGGCUAUGAAAUCUCCAUGGGACUGAUGCCUAAGUCUAUUGGCCCAGUGACAUUCUGUUUCACAGGAACAGGAAAUGUAUCAAAGGGAGCCCAGGACAUCAUAAAUGAGCUUCCUGUUGAGUAUGUUGAGCCACACGAGUUAAAAGAUGUUUCAGAAACUGGAGAUUUAACGAAAGUGUAUGCCACUGUGUUGAGUCGACACCACCACCUCAUGAGGAAAAGUGACGGCAUAUAUGACCCCAUGGAGUACGAGAAUCACCCAGAACUGUACACAUCUCAUUUUAGGACCAGCGUAGCACCGUACACCACCUGCCUGAUCAAUGGUAUUUACUGGGACCCGCACACUCCACGCCUCCUCAGACGCCUGGACGCCCAGAAGUUAAGGAGACCGCCCAAAAAUUCUACAGUGCACAACGAAGGCUUACCCGCUCUCCCCCACAAACUUUUGGCCAUCUGUGACAUAUCGGCCGACACGGGUGGCUCCAUAGAGUUCAUGACCGAGUGCACCACCAUCGACAAGCCCUUCUGUAUAUACGACGCAGACCAGCACAUCGACCAUGACAGUGUUGAAGGAAAUGGGAUCCUCAUGUGCUCCAUUGAUAACCUGCCGGCACAGCUGCCCAUCGAGGCCACGGAAUACUUCGGAGACCGCCUCUUCCCCUAUAUUUGGGAGAUGCUGCCUUCAGACGCCACCAGACCUUUGGAAGAAGAAGAAUUCAGCCCACAAGUCCGGGACGCUGUCAUCACUUCAAACGGAAAGCUCACACCCAAGUUUGCAUACAUUGACAAGCUGCGGGAGGAGAGGGAGAAGGCUCAGAUCAUGAAGAAGAGUGGGAUGAAGCGUGUGCUGAUGCUGGGAACCGGGUAUGUGUCGGGACCUGUCGUGGAGUACUUGACCCGGGACGACAAGACACAGGUCACAGUGGCCUCUGUGAUGCUGAGACAGGCUGAGGAGCUGGCAGCCAAAUAUCCAAACACCAUCCCUGUGGUGCUGGACGCGGGCAGCCAGGAAGGGCAUCUGGACUCACUGAUCAAAGACCAUGACUUGGUCAUCAGCCUGCUGCCAUACACACUCCAUCCUAUGGUGGCUAAGCACUGUAUCCAGAGGAAGAAGAACAUGGUGACUGCCAGUUACCUGAGCCCCGACAUGAAGGAGCUCGAGAGCAGUGCGCUGGAGGCUGGCAUCAUCAUAGUCAAUGAGAUGGGACUGGACCCUGGCAUAGACCACAUGUUGGCCAUGGAGUGCAUUGACCAGGCUAAUGCUGACGGAUGCACAGUGGAGUCGUACAUCUCAUUCUGUGGUGGGCUCCCUGCUCCAGAGUGCUCAGAUAAUCCUCUGCGCUACAAGUUCAGCUGGAGUCCUUAUGGUGUCCUCAUGAACACCAUCAGCACAGCCGUCUACCUGAAGGAUGGAGAGGUUGUGACUAUCCCGGCCGGUGGGUCUCUAAUGGAGUCCGCGACUGAGAUGGAUUUCUUCCCUGGGUUUAACCUGGAAGGUUACCCCAACCGGGACAGCACCAAGUAUGCAGAGCCCUAUGGGAUCCAGAGUGCCCACACUCUGCUCAGAGGAACACUGCGCUUUAAGGGUUUCUCAAAUGCCAUGAGUGGUUUUGUCAAACUGGGCCUGAUUGACAGCCAGCCCUCCCCUCUCCUUGAGCAGAAGAACUCAGCCACUGUGACCUGGAAGGAUGUCCUGUGCAGACAAAUGGGGCUGUCCUCAUCCAUGUCCCAGGAGGCUUUUGAAGACGCUGUUUAUGAGCGCAUUGGGAAAGACCGCUUCAGGAUGGACACACUCAGAUGGUUUGGGAUGCUGAGCGAUGAAGUGGUGCCUCAUGCAGACAGUGUGCUUGGAGCUUUGACCAAACAUCUGGAAGCAAAGCUCUCCUUUGCCGAGGGCGAGCGUGACAUGAUCGUGAUGAGGAACGACCUGGGGCUGAGACACCCCACAGGAGAGCUGGAGACCAAACACAUCAGUCUGGUGGUGUAUGGAGACCCCAAUGGCUUCUCUGCAAUGGCCAAGACUGUGGGCUACCCCGCGGCCAUAGCUGCUCGCAUGCUACUCGACGGUGAGAUCCGUUCCAAAGGGCUGGUGAUCCCCAUGACGAAGGAGAUCUAUGGUCCAGCUUUGGCCCGACUCAAAGAAGAAGGAAUCAACAUCAUCACAAAGUCCACACUCCAAGAAUAAACCUGCUCCAUCGGUGAACCAGUGCAAUGGUUACUCUGCUGUUUGCAAAGGAUCAACAAGUAACUGCAACCUGCUGAUUUUAAACUUUUUAUGGCUUUAUGUUCAAGUGUCCACGUUAACACUAAAAAUGCAGCAAACUGCAGAUUUAAAAUGACUGUAGCCUACAUUUGUUUCUAUCUUUAGAUUUCACUCCACAGAUAAAUCCAAAUGAAAAGGCAUUAAAAACAAUAUUUGGUUUUACAUGUAAAGUAAAUGUGAUUUUGGUUACUAAAUAUCACAUACAAUUUUGCCCAAAUUGAGCUAUAGAAAAUAAUUAGCAAAGGAAACCUAUAGUCAUCAGUGAUGCUAAUGGCUAAUGCUACCGAGUACAUGUGUUUAAACAGCUUUUAUGAAUGGUUCAUGAGGUAAAGCGCUGUCCCACUCUCUCGCAGUAGUGUAUAAAAAGUUAUUAAGCAGUAAAUCUGAUCUGUUUUGGUGUAUUUACAGGAUUUGUCUGUAAAGGAUUUGUAAAUGUACACGGUGUACAUUUUUUGUAUAUCUUGUUGUAACUAAGAUACCAAAUCUUGUUGAUUAAUAAUCAUUGUUUACAUUACACACAAAACAAAAGCUUUAAAGCAAACAUUGUGCAAUCAUGAAAUGGUGUUGUUACAAUCAUCAUGACUACUGUUAAUGUCUUCCCACAAAAGCCCCUGUACACUGAUCUUCAGUCUCACUGAAUGAGACUGUGACUAUCUGCUUAUUCAAUAGUUUGAGAAAGUUGUGCUUUUUGUUUUAAAAUAUUUAUUUCCUUCCACCAAAUGAUACUUAUUGUACUUGAAGUCGCAUUAUAAACGGUUUGUCCCAUGUUUUAAAAGGUUUCCAAAGAAGAAGCUUAUUUACAUGUAUUUUUAUAUACAUAUAUUGUAAAAUAUUUUAUAUAUGUACAUGGAUAUGGAUCAAUGGACAAGUCAAGUUCUCUGCACAGACUGAAAAUGGUCAAGAUCAUUCACUCACCAAACCAGCUGUUGUGUGACGUCUGCAUUAUGUC